AUGACUACGCAGCUGUCCCCGACAGUUCGGUCUGUAAAGAACACUGUUGUUUCAGUUCUCGAUGUCUUGUUCUCUGCAGGCCCUUUCUGUAACCGUACGUGGGACGGUUGGAUGUGUUGGGACGACUCUCCGCCCGGGACUUCCAUGCAGAUGUGUCCUUCGUACUUUAUAGACUUUGACCCCAGUGAAACAGUUACCAAAAUUUGCAAUCCUGAUGGCCAGUGGUUCCACCAUCCAGAGAGUAAGAGAGUCUGGAGCAACUACACACUGUGUUCUGCCCACAGUAAAGAUAAACUCAAGUUUACACUCAGUCUCUAUUACCUGGCUAUGGCUGGUCAUGGUAUAUCCAUCGUUUCUUUAAUCGUCAGUUUGGUCAUCUUCUCCUAUUUAAAAAGUCUUAGCUGUCAGAGGAUCUCUCUCCACAAAAACAUGUUCAUCUCUUUCAUCUUUAACUCUGUGUUUACCAUGGGGUGGCUUUCAAUGACCUCCUGUGGUAGUCAAACCAUAAGUGCCAUCAACCCUGUCAGCUGCAAGAUUCUAGCUACGUUAGUUCAGUAUACCGCUACCUCCAACUACUUCUGGAUGCUGUGUGAGGGCAUCUAUCUCCACACACUUAUCAUAGUGGCCGUCUUUGUGGGGGAGCAGCAGCUGUUUUGGUACUAUGUCCUGGGAUGGGUUUUUCCCAUCUUUCCUGCCAUUACAUAUGCUCUUGCUCGUGGAUUCUACUUUAAUGACACGUGUUGGAUCAGUGCAAACUCCCACCUCGUCUACAUCAUUCAUGGGCCCAUUCAUGCUGCACUCUUUGUAAACCUUUUCUUUCUCCUGAACGUCAUCCGAGUCCUCAUCACCAAGCUGAGGAAGACGCACUGCGCUGAGUCUACUGCCUACAUGAAGGCGGUGAGGGCCACGCUCAUCCUGAUCCCUCUGCUGGGAGUCCAAUACAUCCUCAUGCCCUGGAUCCCAGACAUAUAUGACAAACAAGUCAUUUACAUCUUUGUGUCUGUCCUUUCCAACUUCCAGGGACUCCUUGUGUCAAUUAUUCUCUGUUUCUGCAAUGCAGAGGCCCAAACAGCCCUGCGCAGGAAGUGGGUUCAGUGGAAGAUUGCCUGGGGGAAAACAGGUUUGGGAGAAACUCCGUUCGUCAGCCAUCACUUCAACUGUCACACAACCUCCUCCAUCGUGGAGACCAGCCGUGCUACUUGCAGCGCCGAGGUCCCCGCCGAGGUGCCGUCUCACCGACAGACGGAAACCUGUCACCUCAUGCCUGUGGGGCAGCAAGAGUCAGGAUAAGGAUGCACAAACCAAGACCUGACCUCCAACCUCUGAAGCAGCAGAGAUAACUUCUGUGGUGUCCAACAACUAAAGCAUCCAACAUCUGAAAAAAAGAAACUAAAAACUCAUUUACAAAGUAAAUGGAAAGUGAUUGCUUUGUAUGUACAUAAAUGAUAUUGUAUGAACAACCUGAUAUUUUUACACCAGUCAAGGACUUGUAGGAAGACAUAUGUUUAUUAUUGUGCCAUUGCAUUGUUUCUGUGCAUUUUAAUAGGCAGUGCAUCAUAUUUUUUUUCCUUCUUGUUUUCAACUAAAGUUUCUUUUAUACUCCACUUGGUGGAGUUGAAAAUGCUACUGCAAAAGAUUGUGCAUUCUGUGGCCUUAUGGAGCUUUUACACUGUGAAUAGUUCAGUAUUCUGAAUAAUUCAGUAUUCUGAACUAUUCACAUUUUCCUAUGUUAUAUCCCGAAUCCUCAGUGAAUUUUAUGUGAUGGAUCAGUACAAAGUAGUCCAUAAUUGUGUAUAAAACACAUCAAACUGUGAAGUUGCAACAUGAAAAAAUGUGAAAAUGUUCAAGGGAAUACAAAAGUCCCAUUUUUAUCACAAGGUAUUUUCACGUCAAAGAAUGCUCUGCUUUCUAUGAUAGCUGUGAAAAACAACCUGGAUGGCAACUUGAAAACGUCCAGCUCAGACCUGUAACUCACAAAAAAGUUAGAGACCUUACUGCCACAACACACAUACACACAUACACGCACAAAAAUUCAUGUCUUUCAAGGAGACUAGAGUUACACAGAUCAGAAAUUGGUGGCUGGUUCCGAAUUUCACUUUGUGAAGUUGUCUACAUCCAUUUAGCUUUUUACAAUUCCCUUUUAAAAUCUGUAACACAUUAAUAUAUAAGAGCUUCAUCUUGCUGCCAGAAGCAAUAAUCAGCUACUUAUAUUAGUGAGGCUACUGCACAAGAAUGUUAGUUAUUAGCAUGGUUAGCACAGCUAGCAUUGCUAAAAUAACAGUCUCUAAAGAAUUUGGAUUCUUGCCUUAACUUUCCCUUAAGAUUUCUUAAAUCUGCAACUUUUUCAAAUCCAGCUUGUUGCUCACAUUUUGAAAGCUCAAAAAGAUAAGACAACUAUGCUGUUCUCGGUUUAGCCUUCCUGUAUUAGCUUUAAAUCUUGCCCUCUUACUCACAGCCUGACCUAACUAAAUCUUUCUAGAUUGUUUUUUGAAAAUAGAGCUUUAUUUCAAAUAGCUUAUAUACAUCUCUGUGUUUCCUUUAGCUUCAUGGUAAACACCCCACUGGUAAUAAAAAUAGCUAACCGCUCAGCUUCAGCGUCCACAUCACAGUGUUAUUAGCACAAGCCUGGUAAUGAUAAGCAUGGUGUGUUCACUGAUUGAAAACACACACAAAAAAAACUGGCUGGUCACCUGCCAGGGUCUUCAGACAAUUCUGAAUUCCUCAGCAUCAGCUAAUUUAUCUCUGCCCUUCUAAAAGAAACCCAAAUUAUCAUUGUAAGGUACCCAAUAAAGCACUAUGUUAGGUUUAGUCUUAGUUUCACGGUUGAAAACUCUAAACUUUGAAUGAGGCAUUUCUUAAGUACUUCUUGUUUUUGUGUCUUAUUGAAACACAGUUGAGUGAAAUUUGUUUUUAACUGUCUAACCAGCUCCCUGGACUUUUGGUAAUUUUUUUUCAAAAGCUUAGUGCACCUUUUCUCAUAUCUGCUUAGUUGUAAAUUGGAUAUUUUUUUUUUAUCUGAAGCCUUUAGUUUGGACAGCAAACUGAGUAAUAAAAGCCAAUUUUUACCGUAAACUGAGACAGUUUAGUCUUGAUUUGGUAUGUGAGUCAAGUUGAACUUUUAACUGAAUUUGUUUACAAGCAGGCUUUGUUGUCAAACACAAUAACUCUGGUUCAUAACAUAUCCAGGAAUACUGUAGCUUGUGUUAAAGUGCAAUCCCACAAUACAUGCUUGAUUUGCCAACACCUACAGUUUAUAUAAUGUCAUAAAUUUUUCUGUAUUGGCGUAAAAAUCUUAAUUUGAUGCAAAUCUUAUUCUAAAAAUAAACCUUACAGCAUUUUUGUCAGUAUAUAGUUUUUUCUUUUUAAAUUUUUACUUUAGUCAGCAUUGCAAGGUUCAUGCAUAUUUGUUGUUACAAUAUUUCAGAUGCCUUUAAAUGUUACUAUUGUUUUUAUUUUUACUGGUUUGUAUGUUUGCUGCAAAAUAUUUUUGUACAAAUCCAAAAAAAUAUAAAAUUUUGUGUCACCUGUGGAGUUUUAUUUUCAUACAUUUUCCAUGCUUCAUGUUGUACUACUACCCUUUACAGACAUUAUUGUAAAACUACAGAAGUUUUAACAAGUUUGCUGUCAUUGCAAGCCAGAUGCAUAAGCAGUUAGCAUAAAAUCAAAUCUUUCCACUUUACAUACAGCAGAGAGCACAGAUGGGGUAUAGCACAUCAGCUGGGAACAUAAGUGCUGUGUGACACAGUGUAUCAGGUCAACAUUCCAAAAUAAAAAAUAACAUCCAAAGAAAUGUAUCACAUUGCUGCUGUUUAUAUUUUAAAACUGUCAAUGUGUGGAAAUAAAGUUCUUGAUACAUGGA